ACACUCCGGGCCGGAAGAGUGAGCCAGCUGACUACUCUGGCAGCGGUUUCCUCACAGCGCUCCCUCUACCACCUAGGCCCCAUGAAGUUUCGGGCCAGGAUCACCAGCAAGCGUUUUAUAGAGCUCUUCAUACAGGUCAACAGCACCAUAGCAAAGCUGACGAAGGUCUGUGUGCUCCGCGUGUGCCCUGACAGGCUGUGCUUCUGUCCAAUGGGGCUGCUGAGUGAGGCCAAGCUGUGGGGUGAGGUGAGGCGGAAUGUCUUCCACCACUUCUGCAUGGAGGGUGUUUCGCAGGAGUUCAAUGAAAUCUAUCUAGAGCUAACGUCUGAGCAUCUGGCCAGAGCCGUGAGGAAUGCAAGCAACGCUUCAUCCCUGAAGCUGCAGCUCACCAACAAGCUGCGCCCCUGCCUUACUGUGGUGGUAGAGCUGGCAUCGUGCCCCGGCCACACCCGCGCUAUGGUCCACGAUCUGCCUGUGAGGGUACUUCCCAGAAGGUGGUGGAAAGAAUGCACAGAGCCCCAUGUUCGGGGCUCUGACGUGAGUGUUUAUCUGCCUGCUAUGAAGACCUUGAAGAACAUGGUGGAAAGGAUGGCAAAUGUGGGCAGUCACGUGCUGGUGGAAGCAAAUCUAAAAGGCAAAAUGAACUUGAGUGUAGAAACUGAUGGAGUGACUAUUAAAAGCUAUUUUAGAAAUCUUGGAAGUCCUCCAAAUGCCGUUCUGGGUAUGUCUCAAGGCAAAGACCCAGACAACAUGGUACAAGUACGGGUGGAUAAUAGGAAACUUCUACGGUUUUUUGACGGACAGCAGAUAAACCCCACAAUGGCCUUAUGUAAUAUUUUGAGCAAUACCCUACUUCAUCUUGUUUUGGUUCACGAAGAUAUUUCUCUUCAGUAUUUUAUUCCUGCCUCAUGAAUUUCAAGCAGCCUUAAUUUUCUUUUUAAAAGAAAUCUUAAUUUAAGUUCUUUCCAGAACUGAGACUUUGAGUUACUUUCGUUAAAAGCUUGCAACCCUGUGGAUUUUGUAGGGUGUUGAUUUUGUUGAGUGCUUCCUUUGUAAAUUGUUAAGAAAUAAUUGCAAGUUCAUGUGAUUGCUUUUUGGCUUUGACCAUUACCUUACAUUCAACUUAGUUGUUUGGGAAUAAAGGAUUGUAAUAAAACAAUUAACUGAA